CCGGCGCCCAAGUUCUCUGGGCUAGCUGGCAGGUCGCAUUGAGCGUAGUUCAGCAGCCGUAGAAGUAAAACAGAAAGUGACUCGAAAUAAUUGAACAAAAUUCCAUCCAGUGACAUGUCCGAACUGCAAGCAUCGCUACUGCUCAAUCGCCAGCUCUCCGAGCUGCAGCGCAAUCCCGUCGAGGGCUUCUCCGCCGGCCUGGUCAGCGACUCGGAUAUCUUCAGUUGGGAGGUGGUGAUCAUCGGUCCGCCGGACACCCUCUACGAGGGUGGGUGCUUCAAGGCGCACCUGGUCUUCCCCAAGGAGUACCCACUGCGUCCGCCGCGGAUGAAAUUCAUCACCGAGAUCUGGCAUCCGAAUAUCGACAAGACCGGCGACGUCUGCAUCUCGAUCCUCCACGAGCCGGGUGAUGACAAGUGGGGCUACGAGAAGGCCGAGGAGCGCUGGCUACCUGUUCACACGGUCGAGACGAUCCUCCUCUCGGUGAUCUCCAUGCUCACCGAUCCCAAUGACGAAUCGGCUGCCAAUGUGGACGCGGCCAAGGAGUAUCGUGAGAAUUACGCGGAGUUCAAGCGCAAGGUAACCAGGUGCGUCCGCCGGAGUCAAGAGGAGGUAUGAAGGCCGGAAAACUAAGAAAUAUGGCAGUAUCCGAAAUCCGUAGCGGUCCACAUGCUAAUCACGUGAAUAAAGAGAGCAACUAGUUGAA